ACAAAGUCAUACUCUCCCAAUAAUUUUUCCGAAUUUCAUGUACCAGAAGAACAACCAAUCGAGCAAUGAGAGUCCAAAUCCUCGAAACCAAACUCAUCCAACCCUCUACACCGCCUCUCGCUCAAGACCAGGUCCUCCCUCUCUCGCACCUCGACGCCGAUCCCAAUCUCGACGUCACAUUCCGUUACCUCCGCGCGUAUGUGAAUGUCGACCGAACGAAGCAUGUCCAAGAUCCGUACCAUGUCGUUGCUGGAGCGCUCUCCGGAGCGCUUCCUUACUACUACCCUUUAUGCGGCACCCUUCGCCGUGACAAUGGCAAUGAUCAUCGCCGCCUCGAGCUACAUUGUGCCGCCGGCCAAGGCAUGCCGCUUGUCCAUGCCACCGCUAAUUGCACUCUCCAUGCGGUUAAAAACCUCGAUGAUGCGGACUCGGGUUUCUUGGAGAAGCUAAUACCCGAUCCGGGUCCAGAGGAGAGUUUGGUCAACCCGUGCAUGCUCCAAGUCACGGUGUUCGAAUGCGGGGGGUUUAGCUUGGGCGCCGCCAUACACCACGCCAUGUGCGAUGGGCUCGGGGCGACCCUGUUUUUUGGGGCGGCAGCGGAGCUAGCUCGCGGGGCAGACAGAGUUUCCAUCGAGCCGGUGUGGGACCGGGAUGUCUUGUUGGGGCCGAGGAACCCGGCUCGGGUCGAGGCGCCGGUUGGGGAUUACUUGUGCGAGAAGGGUCGGAACCCGUACGAUGAUGAAGAGAACUGUGCGUUCGUGAGGGAGUUUUUCCACGUGAGAGAGGAGUGGUUGGACAGGCUCAAGGCAUUUCUGCUGGAGAAGUGUGGCCAGAGGUUCACCACAUUCGAAGCUUUGGGUGCAUUCAUUUGGCGAGCAAAGGUCAAGGUAUCAGACAUUCCGGGCGACGAAACGGUGAAAUUCUCAUACUCGACGAACAUCCGCAAGCUGCUGAAACCGCCAUUGCCGGUCGGCUACUGGGGCAACGGGUGUGUCCCAAUAUAUGCCCAACUAACGGCGAAAGACUUGCUGCAAAAGCCGAUUUGGGAAAUCGCGGAGCUGAUCAGGAAGAGCAAGCGCAACGCAAACGAUGAGUACGUCCGCUCGUACAUCGACUUCCAAGAAAUGCAUAGAAGGGAAGGCGCCUCGGCAGGCAAGAACGUGAGCGGAUUCACGGAUUGGAGGCACUUGGGGCACUCGGCGGUGGAUUUCGGGUGGGGAGGACCGGCGAACGUGUUGCCCCUCUCGAGGAAGCUCUUGGGAAGCAACGAGGCUUGCUUCUUCCUGCCUCGUUCAGAGGCCGGAGUCGGAGAUCCGAGCGACGGCUUUAGGGUUCUGGCGAAUCUGAAGGGCGAGUGCUUGUGUGGUUUUAGGGAGGAGAUGGACAAGCUUGGGAAGAUGGAGUUUGGGUUCGCUUGAUGUUAGAGCAAAGACGCUUUGUUGGCUCCUUCAUCGCACUUCAUGUCGACAAUUUAUGCGGUUCCUAUGCUAUUUAUGUGAUGCGAUGGAUCGAUCAUAUUUCGAAUACAAUGAAGGUAUUACAUGUUAAAACCAGCAUU